CUCCUCCGAGUCGAUCCAGUCUGUCAAGAGUCUGGCAUCCGUCACCAUCAUUCGGUUGACCUUCUUGCUGCAAUAAAAAAAAAUUAUUUACUCGAUUUUUAUCAAUCGUUCAAUAUGAAGUACAUUCUCGUUACUGGGGGGGUAAUCAGUGGGGUUGGAAAAGGUGUUAUUGCUAGUUCGUUCGGUACUAUUUUGAAAAACUGUGGGAUACAUGUUACUUCUAUCAAAAUUGAUCCGUACAUAAAUAUAGAUGCUGGCACGUUCUCACCUUAUGAGCAUGGUGAAGUUUUUGUUCUUGACGAUGGGGGUGAAGUUGAUCUCGACUUGGGUAACUACGAGCGCUUUCUGGAUGUCACCCUACACAAGGAUAACAAUAUUACAACUGGAAAGAUCUAUCAGCACAUUAUAACCAAAGAGAGACGCGGGGAUUAUUUGGGGAAGACAGUUCAAGUGGUACCACACAUCACUGAUGCCAUCCAGGAAUGGGUCGAGAGGGUGUCCAACAGGCCAGUGACUGAGGAUGGGGACAAGCCAAUGGUUUGCGUGGUUGAACUUGGCGGUACGAUUGGUGACAUUGAGGGAAUGCCCUUCGUCGAGGCUUUUCGUCAAUUUCAGUUCAGGGCGAAGAAGGAGAAUUUCUGCGUCGCUCAUGUGUCUCUAGUGCCACAGCCUCGUUCCUCUGGAGAACCGAAAACAAAACCAACUCAGGCAAGUGUUCGAGAACUUCGAGGACUUGGGCUCUCCCCUGACUUGAUUGUCUGCCGCUCCGAGAAUCCAAUUGGAGAGUCUGUGAAGGAGAAAAUCUCAAAUUUCUGCCAUGUUGCCCCAGAGCAGGUAAUUACGAUCCACGACUUGUCUUCGAUCUAUCGGGUCCCCAUCCUAAUGGAAACCCAAGGAGUGAUCGAGUUCCUGAACGAGAGGCUCCAACUGAACAUUGGUUCCCCUCGUCCUCGCCACUUCAUGCGAAAAUGGCGAGACUUGGCAGACCGCAUAGACCAUCUCCGCAAAGAUGUUCACAUCGCCCUAGUGGGUAAAUACACCAAACUCGAGGAUGCCUAUGCCUCCGUCGCGAAAGCCCUGCAGCACGCCUCGAUUGAAGUCGGCUACAGGCUGAGAUUAACGUACAUCGAGGCUGCGGAUCUCGAGCCGCAGACAAAAGAGACAUCUCCAGUUAUGUAUCAUGAAGCUUGGCAGAAGCUCUGCAAGAGCGAUGGAGUUAUUGUCCCAGGGGGUUUCGGUAAGAGAGGUAUUGAGGGCAUGAUUGAGGCCUGCAAGUGGUGCAGGAUAAAUAAUAAACCGAUGCUGGGAAUUUGUCUGGGUCUCCAAGUGGCAGUUAUUGAGUUCGCCCGUAAUGUUCUUGCCCUUGAGGAUGCAAACAGCACGGAAAUCAACCCCAAGACAAGUCAUCCAGUCGUCAUUGAUAUGCCUGAGCAUAAUUCUGGACAAAUGGGAGGAACCAUGAGGUUGGGUAAGAGGGUCACAAGAUUCAAGCCAGAAAAUUCAGUUAUCAAGCAGCUCUAUGGAAAUGUUGAUCAGAUAGAGGAGAGACAUCGUCAUAGGUAUGAAGUCAACCCUGAAUAUGUCAACAACUUCGAAGCUGCUGGUUAUAAGUUCGUUGGGCACGAUGAAGACGGCCAGAGGAUGGAGAUUACCGAGCUUGAAGGAUAUUCCUACUACGUCGCCACUCAGUAUCAUCCUGAGUACCUCUCAAGACCUCUCAAACCAUCUCCACCAUUCCUAGGACUCAUUCUGGCUAGUGUGGGCAAACUCAAAUCCUAUCUGGCUCGCGGCUGCAGACUGUCUCCUAGGCAGCUGAGUGAUAAUGAGUCUGAUGAUGAGAUACUUGCUCAUGUUAUGACCAAAACUCAGAUAAAUCCGACAGUCGUGAGAAAUGGGCUACAGACCAAUGGCCAUAAGGAAGAUUAGGGUUUUUAACUUAUAGAGUUCUUUUUUUUUUUUAUCAAA